AUGGCAGAAGAGUGGGGAAGACAGGUAUUUUCAGCCAGGCGACACGAAGAUUCAACAAGAGGAUCGGCCUUCUCUUACACAAACAGCAAUAAUACCAAAGAUCCCUUUGAGGGUCCCAAUUACCACAUUGCUCCAAGAUGGGUUUACAAUCUUUCAACGCUCUGGAUGUUAGUUGUGGUUAUGUUAUCAGUCUUCACCAACGGUCUCGUCUUGGUGGCCACAGCAAAGUUCAAGAAACUCCAACACCCUCUGAACUGGAUCUUGGUCAAUCUUGCAAUUGCUGAUCUUGGAGAGACAGUUUUCGCCAGCACCAUCAGUGUAUGCAACCAGUAUUUUGGUUACUUCAUUCUUGGACACCCAAUGUGCGUCUUUGAGGGCUACACUGUCUCAGUUUGUGGUAUUGCUGCUCUCUGGUCCCUGACUAUCAUCUCCUGGGAGAGAUGGGUAGUUGUGUGCAAACCUUUUGGAAAUGUCAAGUUUGAUGCAAAAUGGGCCACAGGUGGAAUAGUGUUCUCCUGGGUCUGGUCGGCAGCAUGGUGUGCUCCCCCCAUCUUUGGAUGGAGCAGGUACUGGCCUCAUGGACUGAAGACUUCCUGUGGACCUGAUGUAUUCAGUGGAAGUGAAGACCCUGGAGUCCAGUCCUACAUGAUUGUCCUUAUGAUCACAUGCUGUUUAAUUCCGUUGGCAAUCAUCCUCCUAUGCUACCUUGCAGUCUGGAUGGCUAUCCGUGCCGUUGCCCUGCAGCAGAAGGAAUCAGAGUCUACCCAGAAAGCUGAGAGGGAUGUAUCCAGAAUGGUCGUUGUCAUGAUAAUAGCGUAUAUAGUCUGUUGGGGACCUUACACAUUUUUCGCCUGCUUUGCCGCGGCUAACCCUGGAUAUGCCUUCCACCCUCUGGCUGCUGCCCUGCCCGCAUACUUUGCCAAGAGCGCCACCAUCUACAACCCAGUUAUCUAUGUCUUUAUGAACCGACAGUUCCGUACAUGCAUCAUGCAGCUCUUUGGAAAAGAAGCAGAUGAUGGAUCUGAAGUGUCCACUUCAAAGACAGAAGUCUCCUCUGUGGCUCCGGCAUAA